AUGUACCAUAGCUUCCUUGCUCAGCGUAGCAAGCUUACUUGGAUUAGAAAGGGGGAUAUGAACACAUCUUAUUUCCAUGCUUGUUUGAAAAAACGAAGAACAGAUAACAGUAUUGCUACUUAUAUUACUGAGCAAGGAACUUUGAUUGAUGAUUUUCAGGAGAUCUCCAUAGAUCAACAACUGCUUCUCUUAAAACCCUUUUCUAGUAAGGAAAUCAGGGAUGCAUUUUUUGGAAUUCCCAGCACUAAGUCCCCAGGACCAGAUGGAUUCGACUCUGGUUUUUUCAAAGAUCUUUGGCAGGAUAUUGGGAAAGAUAUCUGUUCAACGAUAGUUCAGGGUUUUGCCACAAGACAAUUUCCUUCUGAACUUCAUGAGACCACUAUUUCCUUGGUUCCUAAAGUCUCUAAUCCAACUUGGGCUAUUGACUACAGACCUAUUGCUUGCUGCUCCACUUUGUACAAAUGUAUGGAUAAAUUGUUAUGUUCUCGUAUGCAUUUAGUCCUUCCUAUCCUCAUUCAGCCAAACCAGGGUGAUUUUGUUAGGGGUCGGUCAAUUGCUCAUAACAUCAUGAUAUUCCAAGACCUAAUCAAGAAAUAUGGGAGGGCUUCAACUUCUCCUAGAUGUGCCAUUAAAAUAGAUCUUAGUAAAGCUUAUGACACGGUUGAUUGGCAGUUUCUUGAAGAUCUUUUGAGGGCCUUUUGUUUCCUUAUGAAAUUUAUUGGUUGGAUAACGACCUGUGUAAGAAAUACUUCUUACUCUUUACUUAUGAAUGGUAAAGUUCAAAGUAGCUUUAAGGGAACCCUUUCGGCAGUGAGCAUUUUUAAAGAGGUCUUAGGAAAGUUUAGUGAGGCCACUGGUUUAUCUAUCAAUACUAACAAGUCUCAUAUUUACUUUGGAGGAGUCAAUGCAACAGAGAGAAGGGUUAUUGCACAAGAUAUUCAGCUGCCUAAGGGAUCCUUUCCUCUUAGGUAUCUUGGGGUACCUAUGAGACCAACUAAGUGGAGACAUGAGGAUUGGAAUAGAAGUAAGCUUCAUAUGGCUUCGUGGCAUCAGGUGUGCCUCCCUAAAGCUUAUGGAGGUCUCGGGUUUAGGGAUGGGGCGAACUGGAAUAGAGCCAUUUUAGCCAAGUACAUCUGGGCUGUUUCAGAAAAGCAGGACCUUCUUUGGGUCAAAUGGAUCAAGGAAAUCUAUUUGAAGGGAGUUAAUUUCUGGAGUUAUGUUCUGAAACCAGACAGUAGCUGGUAUUGGAGAAAAUUGUGCCAUUUAAGGAGAAAAUUCAGUAAGCUAGAGGUACUUGCUGAUGGGAUUUCAGGGAAGUUUAAGCCUUCAAAAUUAUAUAACAGCACCUUAACACAGCAGCUAGUGGGGUAUAAGCACGCGGUUUGGUGUAAGUUGACUCUCCCUAAGCACCAGUUUCUCCAUUGGCAGGUGGUCAAUACUCACCUUCUCACUAGAGACAAUUUAUCUAGAAUCAACUUUCAAUUGAACAGCCUAUUAUGUCCAGUUUGUGAAGAGCAUAAUGAAAGUCACACUCAUCUCUUUUUUGAGUGCUGCCUGUCCAAGAUGACGCUUACCCUCAUUUUUGCUUGGAUUGGGUUUAAUGCUUGGCUUAGUAAUUUCAAUGGCUGGGUGGUUUGGCUUAGCCGUGGGCGGAUUGGUAUCACUGAUUCUAUUCUGAACUUGGUGUUAGCAGUUGUGAUCUAUAGCAUUUGGCGGAACAAGAAUAGAUGUGUUUUUUAUGGUUAUUCUUUGACAGCUAGUAGUAUAGCUAAGGAAGUUAUAAAUAUAGUCAAGUAUAGAUUAUACACUGUUAAUAAUAGGAAGAUCUCUAUUCAACACCAGCUUUUCAUUAGAAAACUUCAAUGUAACUAA